GUGUGCUUCUAUUCUAGUAUCUGUUGCUGCUUAUUUCGAGCUUUGAAAUUCACGAACAACUAUCAACAUUUCUGCGUCUUUGUCUUGGCCAUAUUUUCAUCAUUUUCUGAAGACAUUCAUUUGUUUUUACGCUUAUUCUACUCUCCUAAAAAUAUCGGCCCAAAUCGUGUAGUAAUGGAGGAUGAAAGGUUGAGGUAGCUCGAUGGUGGUGGUAAACAAACUAGAAUUACUGAGCGUUUCACUUCAUUAUCUAUUUCACUCUGCUAGGGUUUGCUGACCUAGAUUGCCAGUAGUUCAUUGCCAAAAUGAGCGGUUUUAAUAGUGAUUCCACCUUUCAAGAGAGGCUCAGCAUGAAAGAUCCGGCCACAGCCAGUGCAAGAAUAUUUGUUGGGAGUAUCCCCCAUGACAACGUCUCCCGUCAAGAUAUAGAAGACCUGUUUGCUCAGUUUGGGAAGGUUACUGGAGUUCUGUUGAACCGUGGAUUUGGCUUUGUCCAGUUUGAAAAUGAACGAGGAGCUUUGGAUGCUAUAAAAGAACCUGAUAUAAUAUUUAGAGGGAGAAGGCUUGAUGUCAAACAAGCAAGAGUAUUCAAUAAGCCAGGGCAGAACUUUCGUGAUGACAGGGACCGGGACAGGGACAGAGAACCAUAUUGGGAUGAAGGAGACAGAGACAGAGAGAGAGGAAGAGUAGGUGACAGAGAGAGAGAUCGUGAUCGCGACCGUGACCGUGAUCGCGACUUCAGAGAUGACAGAGAAAGGGAGCCCUUCCGAGAUAGGUCUCCUCUUGAUGAUCGCUCGAGGGAAAGGCGAGACGAUAGAGAUUGGAGACCAAGAGAAAGAGACCGUUUCGAUAACUUCCCAAAAGCUUCAGCCGAUAGAGAUCGCUUCUAUGAUACCACAUCAAGAGACUCCAGUAGAUAUCGUGAAAUGGAUUUUCGAGAUGCUAGACCUGCUGAGAGAUUUAGUGCUCCUGUGCUUAGGGCAGAAAUCAUUGAUUCCCGCAGCCUUCCCAUCCAAACCCCGGGUAUUGACAGAAUAAAUGAUUGUGAAAUCAUUGUUAUUAAUAAGAAACAAACGCGUUAUGCUGAAACUGUUGAAGAGAGAUUGAAAAUGCUUGGGUUGACUGUUGAUAUUUUGUAUCCCAAUGGGGAUGUGCAAAUGUCCCGUCUUCUGGGAAAUAUAAGUAGCCGUGGAACACUGUAUGCCAUUAUUAUAGAACCAAUCAAUGAAGAACAUGAUUCACUCACGGUCAACAUCCUCCAUGGAACUCCUGAGGCUCAUCGAAACAUGCCAUUGAAGGAUGCAAUAACCCUCAUAAGUCGUAAUUUUGAAGACUACAAAUUAUCGCAGCCUGGCAGAAAUGAAAAGACAGCUGUACUUCCUGCUCCAGUUGUAACCAUACCAGUGGUGGGUGCUGCUGCCCUUGUGCAAGAGAAACAUCCAGAUGCAAUCCAGACUCUUCUGAAUUUACUAUCAGAAAAUUGCCCACUCACUGUUUUACAGUAUGACAAAGUGAUAGCCUAUCUCACAAGUAAACGAGAGCUUCAGGUUCGAAUAGAACUUGGUGAAAGUGACACCAGUGCUGCUCCUCCCAUUGUCACUCGAGAGUCUCCAACUGUAGAUAAACAGGCAGAACUUCAAAAUCGAAUUCUGAGCAUAUUGAGUGCAAAGGCAACCCCUGUGGUAGCCUCAGCUCCAUCUGUACCCGUUGCAGCUGCAGCUCCAGUUGCAGCUCCACCAGUACCCAUCCUAACUCCAGCAGCCACCACAGUCAUGUCGUCAGCUGCAUCAAUGUCCUCAAUUUCUGUUUCGGCUAAUUUAACACAAGCAACACCUUCAUCUGUGCCAACUGGUGCAUGGAAUCCAUCGAAACCAUCAGACUCAGCAACGCCCAUUUUAAGUGAUCCAAAUGUUCAAAAAGCUUUGGACAGCCUCAUGCAAGGUAAUUUGUUACAGAGGCUUGUUGGAUCAAGUGCCAAUUCACCUUCAGUUUCACCAACAACCACAACCAUGUCCUCUAGCCUUCCAUCUGGGCCAUUAUUUAAUAACUUUGGUAAUGCAAACUCUAAUUCAAACCAUGUAGGUGGGCGUAGAUUUUAAAUUGAUUAUUAAAAAAGUAAGUCACAUAUGAAAGCUUAUGAUGCUGCACUCAAAUUUCAACCCUAGUUCCUGUAUUGUAUUUGACAAAACUUUCAAUCACUGAAUUCAAGUUGUAUAUGGGGUUUUGUUAGCUUUUUUCUUCUAAUCAAGAGUUUAAAUUUGAGUUUUACUCAAAGACAGCAUCUGUAGUUCGGGGACAGAAUCAGUGCAACUUUAAUGUGUGCACCUAAUCAGGCAUCACAUUUUUGAGGGUUUGAUCAUAGACAACCAACUAUUGGUUGGUUGUCUAUAGUUUGAUUGAUUAAAGAGUCCACUACUUCAUUUUUAAAUUAUUUUUCAAAAAAAUGAGAAAAGAAAGGUUGCAUUAGAUUUGAUUGUUUAACGGCUUUCUGUACCACAAAUUUAAUUUUUAUAGUUGCUAUGACAUUGCUCCUCUUAUAAUGUUUCCCUCAGCUGUGUGUGGUGUUUGUUCAUAUUUGGUUCUCCUUCAGUUAGAAUUUUAAUGUCUUCAAAAUAAUGAAAUACUACUUUGUUCUUGAAACACUGAAGAAAGAGAGAACAGCUUUUCCAAAUUGAAGGAUAGAUUGUGUUGUGCACUGUUGUGAUGCAUAUUGAGUUCUAACAGAACUUCAUACAUUAAGUAUUGAUUUUUAUGUAUGCCUGACUUGUUUCAAUCGACAUUUAUUAAUCACCUAAUUACACAACACACAACUACAAAUUUCUUUUGUUUCUUUGUACGUUUGACAAUGGGUGCCCAUUACAAUGUCUAGACUUCCCUAGGUUUUGUCCCUUGGUUGCCUAUUAUGAAUAAAUACUGAAUGCUUUGUGUUUGUGAGACUGCCUUGAUCUUGAUGAGCGGACAGAAUUAGCACUGAUUAAAAUUUUAUGACAUGGUGGGGAA